AUGCCCUAUUCGUCCGCCACGACCUAUGUGCAUGCCCUCCUCGACUCUGGCUCAGCCGGGAACUUCAUCUCCGUAAAUCUCUGCCGCCAACUCAAUCUCCCAACCACGACCACUUACCAGGUCCAAUCGCCAUCACCCCUGCACUCCGAGGCCCUCACACUGUGCUCCACCUCCAUAGAAAGCCUGGUCGAUAAACGGUCAGUCGACAUUCCAGCCUGUUAUGCCCCCUUCAGUGAUGUAUUCUGUCUGAAGAAAGCCUCCCAGUUACCUCCGCACCGGCCAUGGGACUCAGAAGGCCAUGGAGGAGUACAUCGAAGAGGCUUUACAGCAAGGUUACAUCCACCCUUCCACGUCCCCUGCUGCUUCUUCUUCGUGGCCAAGAAGGAUGGAGGUUUGAGGCCCUGCCUCGACUACCGGGCACCAAAUAAAAGCACUGUGACGUUUCGCUGCCCACUUCCCCUCGUUCCAGCUGCUUUGGAACAUCUCCGCGGAGCCACCGUCUUCACCAAGUUAGACCUCCGCAGCGCGUACAACCUCCUCCGGAUACGUGAGGGGGACGAGUGGAAAACCACCUUUGUGACCUCUACUGGGCACUAUGAAUACCUUGUCAUGCCGUAUGGACUGGUAAACACCCCCUCCGUAUUCCAGGACUUCAUGCAUGAGUCCUUAGUGCAGUUCCUUAGUUAUGUCAUCGUUGACGGUGGUAUCCAGAUGGACGAGGGCAAGGUUGAUGCCAUCCGAAACUGGCGGCUUCUGGACACAGAGGAUGAGCUCAGUGAUAUCCAGGCAGACUCUGUGCCCAUGGAGGUGCGAGAUUGGCUGGCCUCCACCUUCACCAGGAAGAUGGGAGUGGUACGCAGACGGCCUGAAGAGAAGCCUCGGUUCCGCAGCAUCGUUCACGCCGUUCAGGCUGGGAUCUUUGUUGAACGGUUGUUCUUUGUGCAGAUACCAGUGUCCUCCUUGGUGUCAUUUGUGGAAGCUCUGGAAAUGGGCUACAGCAAGCACAGAAACCCCUACCACAAUUUGAUCCACGCUGCUGAUGUCGCGCAGACGGCACACUAUCUGAUGCUACACACUGGCAUUAUGCACUGGCUCUCUGAACUGGAAAUAUUGGCCAUGGUGUUUGCAGCUGCAAUCCACGACUUUGAACACACUGGAACGACCAAUAACUUCCACAUUCAGACCAGAUCAGAAGUGGCCAUCCUGUACAAUGAUCGCUCGGUUCUGGAAAACCACCACGUGAGUGCAGCCUACAGACUCAUGCAAGAAGAUGAGAUGAACAUCCUGGUCAACCUCUCGAAGGAUGACUGGAGGGAGCUGCGUACGCUGGUGAUCGAGAUGGUCAUGAGCACAGAUAUGUCCUGCCAUUUCCAGCAGAUCAAGACGAUGAGGAACGUACUACAGCAGCCGGAGGGCUCCAAACAGAAUCAGUCGAUACAGGUCAUUAACCAGGGUGACAAGGAGGCAGAACUAGGGCUGCCGUUCUCUCCAUUAUGUGACCGGAAAGCUACCAUGAUUGCCCAGUCUCAGAUCGGGUUCAUUGAUUUUAUCGUCGAGCCCACGUUCUCUGUUCUGGUCGACACCACAGAGAAGAUCAUUAGUCCUCUCAUAGAGGAAGCUGUCAAAUCUGGGGGUGUCCGCAGGUCAAGUUUGACGGGUCGGGGCUCAGCCGCGGUGGUGGAGUCGGUACAGAGACACAGCGGUCGGGGUUCGAAUGAUGAGCAGGGAGGCACUACAGAUUACUCACUGGGCGGCAUUGAGCUGAAACGAGUCAGACACCUGCUCUCUGAGAUCAUCCAGAACAACAAGGAGCGCUGGAAAGAGCUGUCUGUUAAAGAGUUAGCCAAUAAACAGCAUGAGAGAAUGUCAGACCUGGAAGAGGAGCCCAUGACAAACACACAAGUCUCACUGUCCCACAGCAGUCCAGCCAGAGGGAGUCACGACUCUGAGUCAAAGUCCCUGAACGAACUGAACAAUACGGACUCCACUCACUCUUCCCAGGACUCUCUGGACCAGAGUUCCCAGUCCCCUACAGAGGGACCGGGCGACGGUUCACCAGAGGAACACAGCUCAGAAACUCUGCCUUGGAACGGCAAAAGCGCCUGACGUCACACGGAUGGUGCCAAGCCUGAAUGUUUUUAAUCAGAAACAGGAUGAUGUACAUAGCAUUGUCCUCAUUGUAUUGUAAUGCUAUUAUACUCUCGGGCUCGGAGGGCUAAUUGUGCAGACAGACGCACGGAAUGUCCACAGAGUGAGACGGUAGUGUGCAGUGUUGUCAUGGCGACUGUGUUAUUGCUGGAGACCGACCUCUAUCAUCCCCUUGAGGAGGAUUUAGCGAGUCCCUGAAACGUAACGCUACCUAUUUGCUUCCCAAGCUUUAUUCCUGUUGGUUCAAUUCGGUUUUUUUUUUUGUUUUUUUUGUAAAUUGUUUUCUUUUCUCUCGUUUUUUUCGUUUUGUUUGUAGACUGUCAUUAUUUAUUAAAGAUUACACAGCUACACUUUGCACCACAGUUAGUUUCAGUAUUUUAUUCUCGCUAUACAGUCAGGCUUACCGGCUCUUUGCAGCACAUUAGGUCAGAAUGACUGGAGUAUUUCAAUUUCCAGAACAAUCCAUAAAGAGCUUUUUUUUUAUUGUAGCAUGGCACGUAUAGUAUGCAGCUGUAACAUUUUUGUAGAACAUGCUGCCUAUUAAAUCAUGAGCCAAUUUUUUAAAGGUGGAGGUACAUGUCCUCAAGGGGGCGUUAUUUCAUUUUAACAAAUCAAUUCUCCAAAUGAACAAAACUGUGUCCCUUUAAAUCCAUACAGUAUUAUAGCACAUAGCAGUGUCUAAAUAAAUGAUAUAUACAUUGGCUGUGUUUAGAAUGGAAUACUAGCUUAAUACUCACCAAAUACUGUGCAGUAUGUACUGUUUAAAAUAGUGAAAAAGAAUAUUUUAUGUAACAAUAAACAUUUUCAAAUUUAAUCAAAUUUAAAGGAACAUGCUGUGUUUUGUGUUAAAAAGUCUUAGUCCAAUGUUAGAAAUCGCUAAUAUUGCAUUCGUUCGUCAUGAUACACUGGAAAUGAAGGGGCCAAAUCAAGCAAUUUGGCAAAUGGAGUAGAUAUACACUGUGCUCUGUAUACAUACUGUACUCUGUACUACAGAAAGAGUAAUAGUAUGCUUGUCUGAACACAGCCAUUGUGCAUUACACUGUUUUUCAGAAUCUCAGAACAAUCAUGAGGUACUAAACAUAUGCUACCAAAUCACUGUAUCAUGUUUUAUAAUGUUUAUGUGAAAAUACUGAUCAAUAGUUUUUUUUUUUUGCAUUAUAUAUGACAUAAACUGCCAAAAACAAGAUUUUUGUCAUUUGUAUCUCUUUUAAGGUCUGCAGUGGCUGAUGUGACAUCCGCUGUCUUCAC